AUGUCUGCUGAAGAACCACCAAGACUCCGCCUCGGAAGCAUUGCUCCAAACUUCCAGGCCGAAACCACUCAGGGACCCAUUGAUUUCCAUGAAUUCAUUGGCGACAACUGGGUCGUUCUCUUCUCCCACCCAGAGGACUACACCCCAGUCUGCACCACCGAGUUGGGUGCCUUCGCCAAGUUGGAGCCAGAGUUCACCAAGCGUGGUGUCAAGUUGAUUGGUCUCUCUGCCAAUACCAUCGAGUCCCACGGUGGAUGGAUCAAGGAUAUCGACGAGGUCACCGGUAGCACCCUUUCUUUCCCAAUCAUUGGUGACAAGGAGCGAAAGGUUGCUUUCACCUACGACAUGCUUGACUACCAGGAUACUACCAACGUCGACUCCAAGGGCAUUGCUUUCACCAUCCGCUCUGUCUUCAUCAUUGACCCAAAGAAGACCAUCCGUCUCAUCCUCUCCUACCCAGCCUCCACCGGCCGAAACUCCGCUGAGGUCCUCCGUGUCGUCGACAGCUUGCAGACCGGUGACAGGUACAGAAUCACCACUCCAAUCAACUGGACCCCUGGUGAUGAUGUUAUCGUCGCUCCACCAGUCAAGACCGAGGAUGCCGUCAAGAUCUGGCCAGAGAUCAAAAUCGUCAAGCCAUACCUCAGAUUCACUCCAUUGGCUCAUGAGAAGACCUCUGCUGGUGGUUUCCAGGCUUAA